AGCUGUCCAAGACAGCUUCUUUGCCAUGAUGAAUCAUGUCCAUCGCGAACGCAUGGACGACCAGCGAUGUUCUUUGACGCCUAGCAGUAGCACACAGAAUUUGGCCAGAGACCGCCCUGCAAGUCCAGCUCUCAAAGGUACAGGCCCAGAUACCCAACAGACACCAGCUGAGCAAGACAGCUUCUUUGCCAUGAUGAAUCAUGUCCAUCGUGAACGCAUGGACGACCAGCGAUGUUCUUUGACGCCUAGCAGUAGCACACAGAAUUUGGCCAGAGACCGCCCGGCAAGUCCUGUCCUCAAAGGUACAGGCCCAGAUGCCCAACAGGGAACAGCUGAGCAAGACAGCUUCUUUGCCAUGAUGAAUCAUGUCCAUCGUGAACGUAUGGACGACCAGCGAUGUUCUUUGACGCCUAGCAGUAGCACACAGAAUUUGUCCGGAGACCGCCCGGCAAGUCCUGCCCGUCAACAGAAAGGUUCUGCGCCAAACGUCGUCCAAAAUAAAAGCAACCCAUCUGGCCAGCAGAGUUCUCUUGGCUCCAAUCUGACUGACUGCAAAGAUAGACCUCGCGAGAGGUCGGCCUCUUGUACCCCUAUCCCAGAUGCCCAACAGACAUCAGCUGACCAAGACAGCUUCUUUGCCAUGAUGAAUCAUGUCCAUCGCGAACGCAUUGGCGACCAGCGAUGUUCUUUGACGCCUAGCAGUAGCACACAAAAUUUGGCCAGAGACCGCCCUGCAAGUCCUGCUCUCAAAGGUACAGGCCCAGAUACCCAACAGGCAACAGCUGAGCAAGACAGCUUCUUUGCCAUGAUGAAUCAUGUCCAUCGUGAACGCAUGGAUGACCAGCGAUGUACUUUAACGCCUAGCAGUAGCACACAAAAUUUGACAAAAGACUGCCCCGCAAGUCCUGCCCUCACAGAUACAGACACAGACAUGCUCUUUAAAAGCCUUGCCCGAGGUCAAGGCCGGAGGCUGGACGAUCAGCGCAUUACGCUUCCCUCCUUGCCAGGGUUCGGCGGAUCGUCAAAGCCGAAAGGCAGUGGCACGGCAAGAGCUGAAGGCCAGGGUCCUCCACCCCAAAUUCUUCUGAGUGAGGGGACACCGGUGACAUUACGUAAGGCCCUUUCCAGGCCUGCUUCUCCAUCCAGACGAACUGAGUCAUGUUAUGACCUAUCUGCCUCUUUCAGCCCAGGCUCAGAAUGGGUCUCCCAUAAGCACCAACCUCAGGCCACCGGCUCUCAUCAGAAUGAACAGAGGAAGCCAUUCAACACCAUCAGCCCAGAUGAUGACUAUUUCUCCCUCAUUGAGAGGGUCCACGCCGCCCAUCUACAGAUUGGGCUAGGACAGGGAGGGGUUAAAGGAAAAGGGGAAGCCGCUCAGGGGAAAAGGAAGGUGGAGCAAGGAAAAGGCAGUGAUAAAGGAAACGGGAGAAAAGAUAAGAAGGAUUGUGGCAGGAAGAGGUGA